AUGACUGAAAUUGCUUUUGAGCAUUUUGAUCCCGCGAUAGAGCUUUGCAGCGUGGAUGAAAAUGGUCGUCUUGUUCGCCCACGUAAAAAACCUGGUCGUAAACCAAAUCCACCUUCACCAGCACAACGCAAAGCUCAAAAUCGAGCAGCACAACGAGCCUUUCGAGAACGUAAACGGCGAGAAAUGAAAGAUGCUGAAUUCAAAGUACAGCGUGCUCUGUGCGCUCGGGACGAAGCUGUACGUGAAGCCAAAAAGUUGCGGAGACGAGUCAAGCAACUCGAGUUUGAAAACAACUUUCUCAGGGGUCACGUCUUGUCACUCAAAAUGGCAUGCUAUGCUAACCGCGUGGAUGUUGAUAAUUAUGUGCAUCGAGGCACACGCGAUUAUCUUGGCAACGAAAAGAUGCAGAAAUCAGCUGCGCGUGGUAUUCCUGCCAACCUUGAAUUCUUUCUCGAUCACGAUUAUCACGUUAUUUAUCUACAAGAUGAUUACAUCCCUCCUUCAAUCGACAAUAAUUCAUCCACCACGCAUUCUCCAGAACCAUCCUCUAUUGGAAGUGCGUCAUCACCAUCAUCCAUAAACACAACUUCAGCACCAAGCAGUUGCUCUUUCAACCCCUUUGAAGCACUUUUACUUUCACCAAAACUUUUGGCACGAGGACAACAUGCAAUGCCUGGCAGCUUUGAUGAUAUGAGCGAUCCUACUAUGAUGGAACCAUUACCACCCCUUGAUCUCACACAAACAGUGUCUGUACUUGCUCCACAACUUCAUCAGCUACAACAAGCCUAUAAUGGUCAACUCGUUGAUCCAAGCAUCAUUCAAGGUUUGGUUCACACUCAGAUGGUCUCUGGAUUAAUGGACCAAAUUACAAAGCCCGAUUUCACAAUCGACCAAAUCCCUCCAGAAUUAGCUGCUCUAAUUCCUUCAGAGUGGCGAUCAUCCCUUCAUGAUUACAGUGCUCGUACACCAUCACUCCAUACACAAACCAACAACAAACCACCAAGCGAAGAGAUUGCUGAAAUAUGGGAUCAACUUUUAAACCAACAACCUCUUCCACCCACAAAAAAGAGCCGUUGCACUAUUGGACCUGAUGGCGAACGCACCUAUCCACCCAUGACACCCAUCGAAUUUGUGGAGGAGUUACGUCUUAUUCCACGUAAGGACAAAAAGUUCCUUACGAUGUUUGAACCAACUGAACUACAACGCAAGGUGCCUCACGAUCUUCGUAUUGAUGUGAUCCCUGGUGCCGAUAUGCGUGAUCAAAUGAUUCUAUUCCAAGACUUUUACGAUGCCAAUGAGCUAUUCAGCUUUUUACUUGAUUCGGCCAUGUUUAUGGGUGGCUCCAUUGGUAACCAAGACCAUUGGUUUGUGCCUCCAAGCUUUUUACGCAAGUACUGGUUCCUGUGUCCUAGCAAAGUCCCUGAUCGGGUCGAUAAUUGUGUUGAAAUUGUUUUCUAUCUCGGUGAACGCAUGCGUGAGAUGAUGAUGACACGACAGCAAUUGUAUAUGGAACGUGAACGCUAUCCCAAUUACUUCCCAUCCAUCACCCCUCCUUCCAACAAGGCCAAUAUCGAGGAGAUUCAUAAUCAAGAUUCACCUAACAACAACGACAUGCUUAUUGAUCCACCACCACCACCAUUAUCAGCAGCAUCACCCGAUGGGGAUAACCAAUAUCAGGAUGAGACCGAUGAAGACACAGGGGAUACUGAGACGGACUCCAACAGCGACACGAGAUCUAUACCUGUCACCGAUGAUAUGCCUUUAGCCAAUGCACUCAAUAUCAUGGAGACCAUGCCAAGGUUCACAUCCAUUGGCACUUUACGAUGA